AUGCGGUCUACUUCAUCAUUCAUCUUCUUAAUUUUCAGCUUAUGUGGUGAGUACUGAUUUCUGGCUGGCGAAAUGAUUCUAAAUUUCCAGAUUUCGCAUCCGCCGACUACUUCGGAAGUCUUCUUGGGACAUUUGAAAAUCGAGCUUAUUCUCUAGAAUCAGAAGUUUACCUCGUCAACGCUACACAUAUCCAGAUCGUUGACUUCUCCGUAAACUCUGGAAUCGGUACGAUUAGAAAAACUCGAAUAAGGAGGUUUUUGCGCAUUUGGAAUGGUUGAAAGCCUCUCCUUGAGAGAAAAAUCAUUUUUGAACCUCUGAAGCGCAAACCGUUCGAAGUCUGGCGCGUUUUAACGAUUAAAUAUUAUUCUCAGAAUUAUUUUCUUGAGCUAUUUGUGAAUAAACUAUCCAGCUAUUCAACUUCAAUGUCAAGUUUUCAGAUGCUCCAGCUAUCCCAUUCCUGUUUUUAAAUGGGAAAGACAAACAAAAGCCAAAAAACGUGUACGUCUAUCACACGGAUCCAAAUGGCGAUUGGUUGCAAAAAACGUGGGACACAUCCUUGUUUCAAAAAGAAUUGAAAAAAAUUUUCAGGACGAGCAUCGGCAAGCGAGGAGGAAAAUCUGAACGUUUUGUGGUGGAAAUGCCGGGCUCAGCUGCGCAAUGGAGACAAUUCGCAAUCGUCAACACCAAAUUAGUUGGUUUUAUUUUUAUUUUCGAAAGGAAAAUGUAA